GCCGCCUCUGCCCCCCCUCACCCAUACGGCAGGCUGGGCCAGGCCCCCCCCAGCCCAGUGAUGCACAGGUGCGAGUGACGGUUACAGAGCAGCCCCCACCAGCCCCACACCACCGCCAUGGGGGUGGCCAGGCUGCUCCUGCUCACCACCCUGCUCCAGUUCCUGCCCUCCCGUGGAGCAGCGGGCCCCUUUCCCGCGUUGGCUCCCCCACUGACCAUGGUAGUGAACGGGCAGCAGAAGCAGUUGGUGGCCUGUGUGGUGAGCGACCUGCCGCCAGGCUCCCACAACGCCAUCUGGAUAUCCAGCAGCAACGGCAGUGCCCUGCGCACCUUCACCUAUGGGGUGUCCCGUGGGGACAACAGCACCACCAGCACCAUUUCCAUCCUCCCUGCCGACAGCGACACGCUUGCCUGCCACGUUGGGCCCGACCGGACCGCGCCAGCGCACAGCUCCGAGCCCCUCCGUGUCGCUGGUACGGCCCUGGCUCCAGCUGCCACGCCACACAGGCCUCGCCUGCCCCAGGGGUGCACGACGGGCGAUGCUUCCUCCUCCCCCCGGCUGGCUGUGGGGUGUGUGCCAGCCCCGGCCUGGCCCAGGGCUGUGGCCAUCCCCAGGGCUCUAGCAGCGGUGGUUCCAAGGGGAACGGGCAUGAGGGCCACAGAGGUAAAAGCGUUGUGGACCCGCUGCACGAAGGGGGUUGCAGCUGGCCCCACUCGCACACCUGGUGCUGGGCCCCUUUCUGCCCCAGCCGCUCUCUCUGCCCCGCAGGUGACAGCGCAGCAGAUCUGUGUCCGGGGGCCCGCACUGCGCCGCGUGCCUUCACCACCAUGACCCUGCUCGUGGCUGUCCGGGUGCUGCUGCUGAAGGUGCUGCUCUUCGACGCCCUCCUUA